GCUAUUCUGGCUGUCAGAUGCUCAAUGGAGGAGCGCCCGAGAGGAGGAAGAAAAGCCCGCCGAGCGCUGGCGACUUCGCUCUUGCAUCUGCUCUUCAAUUCUGCCGCCUCGCUCGGCUCCUCCAGCUCGCAGGCAGUGGCAUCUUCUUACCUCCCCCCCACCCCCGCGGCCAAGGGCGCUAGCUGGGGAGCCACUCCUCGGCGCCUGGCAGCUGGUCCAGGGCCCCGGCCAUCUCCCCCCGCCGUUUUCCCGGGAUGUGGCGAGGCAAGAGUGGGCGUGGGACAAAUCGCUGGCGAGGGAGGAGGAGAGGGAGGAGGAGGAGGAGGAGGAGGAGGCGCACAAAGCCCGCGGGGCUCUGCUGCCCACUGCUGCCGAGAGACACUUCCGCCAGUCUGUCUGCUGCUGCUGCUGCAGCUCUCACGAGCACCGCGGGCCAGGCAAGCCCAUCCAAGCACGCGCAAAGUGGAGAACGCAAGCGGAACGUUUCUGCAACACAAACACCGGCAAGCGCGCACGCGCCUGUCAGUGCGAACAAGGCAACCUAUGAAGGUUCCACUGAAAUGAACAACACACAACAGCAGUGUUUAAUGGUUGUUUACUUAUCUCAUCUUGGUCUAAAAUUUCUGUCUGCUUUCUUCACUGUUAAUUAGAAAUAGAUGUACCAUCAUUUAUGCAAUUGUUGAUAUUCCGACAAUGUAAUUAAGACAGUAC